AUGGAAGUGCUCAUUGAUUUAGGAAGACUUAUUGGGUCUCGACAAUUCAAGCUGGAGAAGAUACCACAUUUCCGCAAUCCUUCACAAGUCUGGGUGUUCCCCCGUUUGAUCGAAGACUGGUUUAUCACCCGCGGUCUCUUUUAUUGCGACAUGGACAUCACCCGGUAUGCGAAAAAAUGUAAGGACUACAUUACGGUUAGAGGAGAUGGAAAACAGGUUACCAAGACAUCACAGCCAGAAUUCCCUUACCCUAAAUACUAUCUCUUCAGCCAUAUGCUACCCCUCGCCGUUGGCAUACCUUCACAGCUCGAUGGAGUUCCUUCGGAAAUCAUCCAGUUUCUACGUGAGAAUCCACCAACUCCGGAUUACAAAGUAUACUGCCCCCCGGACUGGAUGCUACUCCGAGACGAGCCACCCGAUGAUCCACUGGAGAGGAUGAACUGGGUUCCAGAGGAGGUACCGUUCGAUAUGAGGGAUCGACGAUUUGCUCAUCGGUAUUACUUUGUUGAUGAGAGGGAGAAGAGGAUGGGAGGAGGACCUCAGUUUCCGCAGGUGGACUUGAGACCGGCGUUCUGGGAAGGGCGUAAGUGGGUUCUUAAGGAGGUGGGGGAGGGGAAUGAGUUUGAGCAUCUUCAUUUUACGAGGGGGAUGAGGAUGAAUUGGUAUGGAGUUGGGCUGUUGCCUGAUAUUUGA